UCGCGGCUCACAGACCCCGGCAGGUCGUCAAGCCCAUCAUGUUACUCUCUGCCCCCUUACGCCACCUCCCGGGACUUCUGCUGCUGCUCUGGCCGCUGUUGGUCCUGCCGCCCCCAGCUGCUCCUGGACGUUUGGCCCGCGCGAGCGUCCGCCGACUGGGGACACGAGUCCCCGGGGGCAGCCCCGGGCAUCUGUCAGCUCUGGCUACUUCCACCCGCGCGCCGUAUUCCGGGGUCCGCGGCGCAGGUGUUUGCAAGAGCAGGCCUUUGGACUUGGUGUUUAUCAUUGAUAGUUCUCGUAGCGUCCGACCUCUGGAAUUCACCAAGGUGAAGACCUUUGUCUCCCGCAUCAUCGACACUCUGGACAUCGGGGCCGCAGACACAAGGGUGGCUGUGGUGAACUAUGCCAGCACUGUGAAGAUAGAGUUCCAGCUCAACACCUAUUCAGACAAGCGGGCCCUGAAACAGGCUGUGGCACGGAUUACCCCCUUGUCAACAGGCACCAUGUCAGGGCUAGCUAUCCAGACAGCGAUGGAGGAAGCCUUCACUGUGGAGGCCGGAGCUCGGGGGCCCAUGUCUAACAUCCCCAAGGUGGCUAUUAUUGUCACAGAUGGGAGGCCCCAGGACCAGGUGAAUGAGGUGGCUGCCCGAGCUCGUGCAUCUGGCAUUGAGCUCUAUGCUGUGGGUGUGGACCGGGCAGAUAUGGAGUCCCUCAAGAUGAUGGCUAGCAGGCCCCUGGAAGAGCACGUCUUCUACGUGGAGACCUAUGGGGUCAUCGAGAAACUCUCUGCUAGAUUCCAGGAAACCUUUUGUGCUCUGGACCAGUGCAUGCUUGGCACACACCAGUGUCAGCACGUGUGUGUCAGCGAUGGUGAUGGCAGGCACCACUGUGAGUGCAGCCAAGGGUACACCUUGAACGCUGAUGGGAAAACGUGUUCAGCCAUUGAUAAGUGUGCCCUUCGCACUCAUGGAUGUGAACAGAUCUGUGUCAACGACAGAAAUGGCUCUUACCACUGUGAGUGCUAUGGGGGUUACACCUUGAAUGCAGACAGGAGAACCUGUGCAGCUCAGGACAAGUGUGCCUCGGGUGCCCAUGGCUGCCAGCACAUCUGUGUGAGCGACGGAGCCGGGUCCCAUCACUGUGAAUGCUUUGAAGGCUACACUCUGAAUGCAGAUAAGAAAACAUGUUCAGUCCGAGACAAGUGUGCUCUGGGCACUCAUGGCUGCCAGCACAUCUGUGUGAGUGAUGGAGCAGAGUCCUACCACUGUGACUGUUUCCCUGGCUACACCCUGAAUGAUGACAAGAAGACAUGUUCAGACAUUGAAGAAGCACGAAGCCUCAUUUCCAUAGAAGACGCCUGCGGCUGUGGGGCCACACUGGCGUUCCAGGAGAAAGUCAGCUCCCAUCUCCAGAAGCUGAACACCAAACUUGACAACAUUUUGAAGAAGUUGAAAGUCACGGAAUAUGGACAAGUACAUCGUUAAACUGCGCAAAACUCCUGCCUGGAAAUGUGGAUGCUUGGUUUGCGUGAUUCUCACUCUCUUGUACACGUUGUCUGAUGCUCCUGCCAAUAACCUGCCAUUAUAAAUGCAUUAUUUGGGAAACAGUAUGAAGGGUUUCUGGAGAGCCAGUAUCAU